UAAAUGGCAACAAUGCUUGAUUUCGAUCCGUCUGCUUUUGUUUCAUAUCUUUUCCAAAAGAAAUCAAAUAAAAGUUCAAGUUCACUUUACAGAUUUCGGGAGAUCACGAUUCCUUAUCUGUAUGCGAUAGGCUUAUCUUCCCAAUUAUGGAGCCCCAAAAGCUAAAUGACAGUUUCACUUUGCAGUGUCAAAAUGAAGAAUUUUCUGCUAGACGGGAAUCAAUUUUUGGAAAUUUACCUAUUGUAGAACUUGCCCACAAAGAAAUACCGGCAUUGUCUUCUUCUACGUGUGACAUAGUGAUCGAUGAAGAGAAUUCAAAAAACGACGACGUGACGAUUUAUAAGGGAGAAGAAAGUAUGUUUAAAAGGCCCAUGCCAAAAUUGAAAAAGUCAUCCUAUCCCCCAAGAAGACAGCAUCAUCUAAACAGAACCAAUACUCCUGAUCACAAGAAAAACCCACACAAAUGGGUUAAGUACAAUUUAGCUGCAACUUCGGAUGUUACUGACAAGUCCAACACUGCAGCUGCAUUGUCAUUUCUCAGGGACCUGGAAGACAGGAAGCGCAAACUUGAAGAUGUUGACGAGCCUGCUGAUACCUCAGGGAAAAUUGUGUUCAAGAAACCUAAAACUUUUGAAGGGCGAUCAGAAAAAGGCAAAACAUACAGAGAUGGGAAACUUGUUAUGCCCGCAUUUGAGUUUGGUUCUGGAUCCAAAAAGCAGAAAGAGAGCAGGAGAAAGUUGAAAGCAAGCAUUGAAGGUUCAUCACAAACAACAAAAAUACAGAGCUGUCUCAGUCACCUGGAAGAAGAAGAUGGAGAAGAAGAUCCUAAUACUGAUGAUAAAAAUGGGUAGGAAGUUGUGAUUAUUGUGUCAAUGUGAAGAAUAACUCAGUAUGAUUAUGAUUGGAAUUCAUGACAUAAACCACUCUUGUUUAUAGCACCUUGUUUCUUUGAAAAAGUUACCCAAUCCACAGUAUUUGUAACUAUGUGACCAUAUGAUUUAAUAGUUAGUCGAGAAGAAAAUUCAGUUUUUGGAACAGGCUUUUUCUGUGAUGGUAAAUUGUAAUACAAUUAUGGAGAAGCAAAUU